CGGCUCUUAUAAAAUUCUCUUUGCCAAAAUAAAAAAAAAAAAAUCAACAACAAUCAACAAAUUAAAUAGAGUUAUUGUUUAAAAAAAAUUAAUAAUAAAAUAAUAGUAUAAAAUAAACAAAAGAAAAAUGACACUGUUGUCAAAUAUUGUAAGAACAAAUAUCUUGAAAAAAUCAAUCUUCAGGACGUAUUCAUCACUUGGUCCAGCAGCAGCAACAGAACGUUUGGCGAUACCUAAAGAUCCAAUUAUUAACUCAAAAAAAUUUCCAGAAUAUGAUGUUAUAUACAGUUUUGAUUCAAUAACAAAUGUUGGUUUAUUAAAUCGAAUGAAAUUAAGAUCAACAAUACUUUUUGGAGUUGGUUUUCCAAUUGCUAAUGGCCUGGAGGUUAUGAAUCUUCUUCCAACUGAUGGUUCUUUAGGUUUUGCAGUUAUUGCUGGCUCUGUUGCAUUUUUUUGUCAUGGUAUUGGUCUCUUUUGUACAAAUGUCAUUGGAUAUAUUUAUGCUAAAAAAAAUUCUGAUCAAUUAAAAAUAUCAUAUGUUGGAUAUUUUGGUAAACGACAUGAUAUCGAUACAACUUAUGAUGAUGUAUGGUUUCCAGAAACAAAACAUAAAUUAUUUCCAUUAUUUAACAAAGUUAGCAUUGAUAAUUUAAAAUUAAAUUUAAAAAUAUUUGUUGAUGGUAAAGUUAUUGAUGAAGCAAAAUAUAUGAAAUUAUAUACUCGCUAAUUUUAUAUUUAUUGUAGAAUAAAAAAAUAAAUUUUUUAAUUAAUUAA